AUUAAUUCAAAACCAAACUACUCGUACUGUAUUUUGCAUUGACUAUUUCAUACACUAUGCGUGUAUGUACGUGACUAUAGUCGAUCGAUUGAUUUUGUAGCAGUACAUGUACUAGUACUUGUACUGUACUCCCACUUUGCGCCACCACCGGAUCGUUUCUUUGAAUUGAAGUUCUCUUUCAUUCUGGACAGUGUGUGAAAUGGCUGCUCCUAGUACAUCUGUUGACGACUACGUUGAUGAAAUUCUGGCAAAGAAAGGCCCCCAUGUCUACAAAGAUGGACUUUCCGAGAAAGAUUGGGAAAAGGAAUUGGAGAACAUCCCACUGUUCAUGUCUGGAGCGCCGGAGGAAGGCAGUGAAAUGUCCGAUGCCAUAGCUGCACUGCAAGCGUUGCAGUUUGAGGAUGCAACACCUGAAGGUAGAGCUGACGCGUACAAGGACGAAGGCAACGACUUUUUCAAGAAGAAGAAGUACCGGCAAGCUAUCAUUGCGUACACGGAAGGUCUGAAGGAGAAGGUGACCGAUGCGCAAGUCCGCGUCGUUCUCCUCAGCAACCGUGCUGCAGCGCAGUACCGUCUGGGAAACAACCGGUCAGCGUUUGAUGAUUGCAAACGUGCGUACAUUCUCAAUCCUCUGCAUCUGAAGGCUCUGGUCAAAGGUGCAGAGUCGGCCAAUGCAAUGAAUCAUCACAAGGACACGGUGGAGUGGUGUGACAGAGCACUUCAGCUUGAUGCUGGCAACAAGCGCUUGCUGGAAAUGAGAAAAGAAGCAGACAAGCAAUUUCGGCUAGAGGAGAGAAACCAGCGCAAGGCGGCUCGGGAAGAGCAGAAGCGGCUGCAGGAAGAUGAACGGUUGGAGGAAGCCAUUAGGAGCCGUGGAAUUGUCCUAUCCACUGAUAAGAAAGUUCGUGCCAGAUUUCAAGAGCGCGAUGAUGUCAGUGAAGGCAAGGGACUUAUUCAGGCCAGUCUGUCCGAGCUUGAACAGACCAUACCCAGUGGCAGUCAUGUACGGCUAGACAGUGAUGGAGUACUACAUUGGCCGGUGUUGCUGGUCUACCCGGAGCAUCACCAAACCGAUUUCAUCCAGGCGUUCGAUGAGAGAUCCUGCUUUAGAGAUCACUUCAAUGUGAUGUUUAGUGAGGCUGCUCCUUGGGAUGCAAAUCAUGAGUACAAGCCAUCUAAUCUUUCUAUUUAUUAUGAAGACACGGAAAGUGGACGGCUGGCUAGUGUUUCCCCGAGCAGAACUCUUCAAGAUGUACUGAUGAACUCAAAGUUUGUUGUACGAGCUGGUACGCCUGUGUUCAUCAUCCUCGCAAAGAAAUCAAAGUUUGGAAAGGACUUUCUGUCACACUAUCCUUAGAAGCUGCUAAAGCUGGUAGACGCUGGAACGAGAAGUUGUCUGUGGCUACAACAAAGCAGUUGGGUAUGUACAUGCCCUUUCUUGGGAAGAACUCCUGCGUCUCGUCACCAGCCAGCAAUUCUUUCGAGGUAAAGCUCUUGGAGCCAUGCUGCUUGCAGUGCUGGUUUGCGGAUGCGUUGUAAAGUAACCCCACAAGCAAUGGGACCGUUAGAGUAGUACGCAGUACAUCGUCAACGGCAUGGUUCUUUGUCUCUCCACCCAGACUGUGAAGGAAUGCACCGUGCCGUUGUCUGAGCUGCUCUCAGUCUGUGUAUUCUGCCUGGACUGGUCGCGUUGCAGAGCUUUGUUCCAACAUGACUAUAGUGGGCAUGCUUUGCACUGAUUGAUGGUGCACAUAACUUUACUUUCCGUGCUCGCAAGUGAGGACAAUGGAAGUAUUAAACCACAAAAGCCCUUGUGCUUUUCUCUGGACCUGUUUCUUUUAUUGAUUUGAGAUGUUGCGAUGGAGCUGUCGGCCAUUCAGUGAGAUGCUUCACCACCACAAUAACACUUCACUCAUGUCUGACCCAAGUGUCUUCCACACACUACAACCCGGUUUCAUUUCCUUUUCCUUCUUUUUUACAAGGUCUUUCUAUUUUAGUAUGAUCCGGUUUGACAGCAACAGCUUGAAGCCUGAAA